GUGUAUCCAUGCUACUUCAUUGAUUAUUUAAUCUGUCAUUGUUUGUUUAUCCUAAUAAAUAAAAAAUAAAUUAAAUACCGAAUAUUUAGUUUACUUAAGAUGUACAGUCAACAGCACAUCAGGUUAUACAAAUCUGUCAAAUUUCUCCACUUUAUUUUAAAUCUUAAGUUUUGAGGGAAGAGUUUAAAACCAUCUGGACAAAUUUACCAUAUUAUGGUAAUCUGAUGCAGCCCCGUGUAUUGUUUAAACAUUUUCAUGUUAUUUUGUUAGAACAAGCCUCUGCGAAUGCUGUACCUGAACCGAAACACAGCAUAGUGGCACGUGAUGCACGUCGAUGUGGUACCGCAGAAUGCAGCGAGCACUGUCGCAAGUUGGGCCAUGUGCGUGGUGUCUGUAUAGGCACUUUAUGCCAAUGUCGCUCCUUGAAGAAAAGAUCUAUUCCCAAGACUGAACUACAAUUAACAAAACACGAACACAAGAUCGUGACUCGGGCUACUUGCGACCCCGCCGACUGCAACGCAUUCUGCCAGAAGCUGGGACACAAAAGAGGCGUUUGUGUCGGAUACUGUCAAUGCCGUGCCAUAUAAAAUUUAUCAACAGGCACAAAAAAUACAUACGACGAAGAAACUAAAACAAACAAUAAUGAAGGAUUGUGAUCGUUAAAUUUAUUGGUGCACUGAAAAACGAUAACCUAAUGUAAAAGUUCACGCACAACAUUUAAAUAAUAAAAUAAACUACCUAUCAGCUAUCUAUAGAUGUUGUUUACACAGCAUAA